AUGGAUCGUUCAGACUGCUUGGAAUCUUCUUUAUCUGCAUGUUCAUCGACAUCGUCAUCGUCAGGAUCCUUAGUAGUACCUUCCAUGCAAAGCAUAAAGGGUAGUUCGAGAACCAACAACUGGACCGGGAAACGCUUACAAACCGGUUGCAGCGUGGAGGAGAUCACGGUCGGAAACGUUACGGUCCGGGCACCGUUCAAGAACGGGAAAUAUGGAGUGCAGAAAAUACUUCACAAUUGGUAUAAGGCCAAAGAGACAUCGGUUCAGGUUAUAGUCCGGAGGAGUUCCGAUGAAGUUGCUGAGCUUCAGGCUUGUAUUGUUCCAAAUGAAUCGGCGGGUAGGAAGCAAUAUAUUCUUCGUGCAAUCGACGACCCGAAUAACGUGAUUGGGUUUGUUGAUCGGCCGGAGAGUGAAUUUUUGAAGCUCCAAGGAUUCAAUGACUCUAUCCAGCAAGGAAGGACUUAUGGUGACGGCAUCUCUCAGCCAACACGCGCAUUGACGACUUUGGGACAACUCCUACGCCACUUUGGCAUUAGUACCAUAUUCUUCCUAAUCAACAUCUAUUUCUAUUUGAUUGAGUCGGCUACGUCAUUCACUUGCCCAAAUAACCCAUUUCUGAAAUUAGCUUCAAGGACUUGCGAUGCCCCAACGAGCCCCUCCGUAGUCAUGAAGAUAAACUCCUCGGCAUUGGAUCAAGAUAUCUACAAUCACAGGAGAGAAUGUGCAGAGAAGGAUGAGACCAUAAAGGAGUUGUCUAAUUCUUUACAUUCAUUAACACUUUUUGGCUCCAAGAGAAUUCGAGAGUUGGAAGACCUAAUUCGCAAGAAGAAUACAAUCAUCAAAAAACUUAAGAAGGAUAUGAUGCUUCUUCAACAGAAGGAGUACAACCUCACAAGACCGCGUCGUCCCACCAUCGCAACUGCAAUGUCAAAUGAGAGACAGCUUCCAAUCAUGGCAGAUAACCCCCUCUACUCUAUGGAUAAUAGCCAUUUGUCCUCAGAUUCAGAAAGCCUUUCUGGAAAUGAACGAGACCCUACUUCUAUUAAUCAACAGCAUCCGUUUCGCGAAAGUCAGGGCUGUGUACAAAAAGCCAAAAAAAUUAGACAGUUUGCUGGAAACCCUAAUGAUCAUCGGGGGAAACCAACAAAUAGCAACCAAAAGUUUCCAACUCCAAAUUCUUUGAAGGAAAAAUCAUUAAAUGUGACGACCAAUGUGGAUUCUGGUUCAAGGCGACUUACGGCUUCAUUGAUCGGUGAUUCUGGGAAUACGGGAUGGGCUCCAGUCAAAUCUAAGGAUGCAAACAACAUUUUAGAGUUUGACUUUAUCGACGGUAAUGUUCUACCAAGGGAGAAGGUGCCGACGGUGACGAAAAUGUCGAAUGAGGGUUACGGUGAGUGGAUGCAUUUUCCUCAGAAGGUAAGGCCCUCAAUGCAGCGUGAUUCCAGGGAUUCUGAUAGGCUUGCCAAAAGUUCGAAACCCAAUCAAGGUUCAGGAUCUCGUUUUGAUUUGUUAAUUAAUGAAGAGAGUGGUCCCGAUUUGAAUUUUCAAUUCAGGGCUCCAUCUGGGGCGGGAGAGGAGCUGAAUAAGGGACCGAUUCCAUUGAGUGGUAAGGGUAAGGAGAAAAUGAAUUGGCGGGAGACAGGGCAAGGGAAGUCCAGGAAAGGAAAGAAAAAUGACAUGGAUCCAGAGAAGUCUGGGGGAUUGGGUGAGUCUACCCAAUUGACGACGACGGUUGCCUUUUCCUUGGAUAAUCAGCAAGGAAAUAAGGAUGAUGGGUUGGUUGAUAUGGUCCAUGGAAUAGAUCAGACUUCUACCCGAAAUCAUGGGUUUGCGACCACGAUUUUGACCCAACAGGAUCGCAUUAUGGUGGCGGAGUUGAUUGGUCUUGACCCUUCUAAGCAUCAGGCUGUCUUUGUGAGAGAUAGUCCAGUGUUAGAACCUAACGGAGUUGUAUCUUCGUUUCCACACGAGCCUGGGGAGGAGGGGUCUAUGUGUGUUGACCUCGGGGAUACCUCGACUCCGAUGGUAUCUUUGCCAAAGGAACCGCCGGACGAAGGAGCGGCGUCGAAGGAACUUCAACUCGCCUUUUUAACACUUAAAACCCAAUAUAACCCCGAUGUCGUAGCAGUUUUGGAACCACGUAUUAGUGGUGGGAAGGCGGAUGAUUUUGUUCGGAUGAGUGGUUUUGAUCGCUCGUUUAGGGUGGAGGCAGUUGGAUUCAAGGGCGGUAUUUGGGUUUUGUGGAAGGAAAGGGUGAAACUUUCAGUGUUGAUAUGUGAUAAGCAAUACGUACAUGUAUCUGUAAAGAUGGAUCGCGAAAAUUUUUUGGUGACUUUUGUCUAUGCAAGCCCUAACCCAACCAUUAGACGAUCUCUUUGGGAGGGUUUGAAUGCUAUUGCGCAGGGUAUAAGGGAGCUGUGGAUUGUGGGUGGUGAUUUUAAUUGCCUCCUUCGGGUGUCGGAGAAACAAGGUGGCUCUUUGAGUAACUGGAAUGUGAGUUCGGCGUUUUCGGAUCUUCUAUUUAAGAAUGAUCUCCACGAACUCCAAACAGAUGGUGCACCAUUUACAUGGGCGCGCCCGGGGAUAGCAGAGAAACUUGACCGUAUUAUCGGUAAUGUGGCGUGGAUGGACCGAUUUCAGGAGGGAAUGGUGGAGCUGUUACCACGAACACAAUCUGAUCACUCGCCUCUUAUGGUUCGGUGUGGAAAGCGGGGAAGUCAUGCUGGCGGGAUGAAAACUCUUUGUCGCGGCCUGGUUUUUACACACUGGAUUCCCCGACCUGGUGAAGCAUGUUUGGAGCCAAGGUGGGUUGCUGCCGGCGACAUGUUUGUUAUAAAUUGCAGCAGUGAAGGCUCCUGUGCAAGGUGCUGCGGAGGAUCGGAUUUCUGUGGAGCCAUUCGGGAGACGGUUAUGCACGUACUUCGCGACUAUCCAGCUGCGAAGAAAAUUUGGCUUCGUUUGGUGCCCGGAGAUAGAAGACAAAUUUUCUUUAAUUUACAGCUGGAGGAUUGGCUAUGGCAUAACUUAAACAGAAAAUCUGAAGGUUUUGUCGAAGACUGGGAUUGUUUUUUCGGAGUUACAGCUUGGCGAAUAUGGAGCUGGAGAAAUCGGCGGACUUUUGAAGGUGUUGAUGGGAGUGAUGCGAAGAGAGUGGAUGAGAUUGUGAAGUUUGUUGGGGGUAUACAACAGGCUUCUGUUCAUGAAAAAACAAUGCGAGGAGUUUGUAGGGGAUGGGAGGAAAGAAUGAUUCGAUGGCUUCCACCGCCGGUUGACUGGGUAAAGAUAAAUUCCGAUGGCAGUUUUAAUAUGUAUAAUGGGGUGGGAUGUGCUGGUGGAGUUGUGCGGGAUUGCCAUGAUAGACGGCUAGGCGGGUUCAUGAUGAAGGUAGGAUUUUGUACCAUCACAGGUUCGGAACUUUGGGGUCUGUUUCAAGCCUUGCAGCUAGCAUGGGAUCUUGGAUAUAAGAAGGUGAAGGCGGAAGUGGAUAAUUCAAGCAUUUUACUUAUGGUGAAAGGGAAUGCUGGCAUUUUUGGAGUCCAUACGGGGAUUGUAUACGGGAUUCGGGAACUGCUGCAUCGGGAUUGGACUGUGGAGCUUGAUCAUGUGUUUCGUGAAGCUAAUUUCGUAGCUGAUUACUUAGCCUCCCUAGCUACCCUUGGUCCAGUUGGAUUACAGGGGUUUGAUGUACCGCCGUCAGGCGUUAGGCCAUGGCUACAACAUGAUAUAAUAGGGGUCUCAUACCCCCGAAAUGUAAGACUCUAG